AUGUAUGACAUAUCAGAUAAUAAUAGAUGUUCCGAAACAAAUAAACCAUUUGAUGACUUCUAUGUUCCAAAUCUUAUUGGUGUACAUAUAUUAAGUAUGAGUAAGAGAAUAAUGAAUGAAGUAAUGUGUUUAGCAGAAGAUUUAAAUAUAGAUAUAUAUUAUCAAGAUACUGAUUCAAUGCAUAUAGACAAAAAUAAGAUAGAACUAUUAGAACAAAAAUAUAAAGAAAUAUAUGGAAAAACAUUAAGAGGAAGUAAAUUAGAACAAUUCCAUCCAAAUUUUGAUGAAUUAUCUGGAUAUGUAUAUUCAAAAGAAUCUUACUUCUUAGGUAAGAAAGCUUAUAUAGAUGUAUUAACGAAUGAAAAACAAAAACAUGCUUUACAUAUGAAAAUGAAAGGAAUUCCAAACAAUUUAUUGGAAAAUUAUAUAAAUUCAUCAAAAUCUUUACAUUCAGAUUCUGAUUUAAAUUCCUCAUCCUUCAGCACGCGUUUUUUUUGUUUACAUUGGUUUAUUACUAAAUGUCAUUCCUUUAUGAUUAUUAUCUUUGAUACUAUAUCUAACCCAAUCGUCACCAUAUUUACUAACUCUAGGUUUGAUUAA